CCGUAGAUUUAGUAUACCGCCGUGUCGCAUCGCGAACACUACGACGACCGUCGACACAACGGUCUACCGGCACUACGAUUUGCACGUGUUUUUCCCCUUCCCACUCACGUAUAAAGUUGCAAAAAAUAUAACAAACAUUUUCGCAGAUACCAUCUACCGAGAAUAUCACUAUGGACGUAUGAAGAGUACACGACCUAACUACUUAAGACGAUCGCCACUAUUAGAGUUUAAGCUGUCUAAGAUCAUGGGAGCACGCAAAACAGGUAAUUAUUAAUGCACUGUACAAUACCAAAAUCAGUAUCAAUGCCUAUAGAGUCAUGUGAUGAGAGGUGAAAUGAUCGUCUGGUUUUCCAUCAUCAUUACGAUGAUCGGUUGGUGUGUGGACUGUUACAUCGAUGACUUGUGUCCGAAUUGUAAUCUCUAUCAAGAUUCAGCUGAGGUUCGGUCCCACUGUGCCUACCCGUGCCAGUGCACCAACAGGGACCCGGUUUGUGAACCAGGCGUGCCGCACACCCGCGACGGAUGUGGUUGCUGUCCCGUGUGCGCCCGACAGGACGGAGACCCGUGCGACGGCAUAGCUGUGUGUGACCAAAGGAAAGGUCUGGUAUGUCAGUACGACGACUACUACAGCGCGGCCGGCAUUUGCAGAGUAGUAAAAGGCUUACCGUGUACGGUAUACAACAAGACGUACGAUAACGGAGAAACGUUCAGGCUAGAUUGCAGAACGCAGUGCACGUGCCAGAACGGCACUUAUGCUUGUGCGUCGUUGUGCCCACAAGAAAAUAUAUCUCCUCAAGGACUUUGCAGGCAUCCCCGGUUAGUCGAAGUGCCCGGACAGUGCUGCCGGGAAUGGAUGUGCGAUAACGUAAAUAUGGAGAGGCCACCAAAUUGUGAAGCAUUAGUUACGCCAUGGGCGGAAUGUUCAUCGCAGUGUGGAUUAGGCCUUUCUAGGCGCAUGUCUAAUGCAAAUGAAGCAUGUAAGCCUAAUAACGAAACUAGACUUUGUCAAAUAAGGCCGUGUCACUCACCACCACUGGUGAAUGCUAAAUAUGCAAGACACCAUCACAUUCGAAAGGGCCACGAGUGCAAGGCGACGAUAAAGUCAACGACACCGGUCCGGCUGAAGUUCGGCGACUGCCGGAGCCGGAAGACUUUCCACCCGAAGAGGUGCGGCUCCGCGUGUCCGUCUUCGGGCAGUGGCGACAGUGGCAUCGUGUGCGCACCCGAACUCAGCACAACGGUCAAAGUGGAGUUCCUUUGCCGGAGUCCGGUGGAAGGACACGACCGGCUAGACGGCGCUGUGCCCGGCGACGAUCUCUGGGAACCUGUGCGCAGGCCCUUCUCGGCCACUGCCGACGAUUACGUGCACAGCGUGUACGUAGACGUCGAGUGGAUCGUCAAGUGCACGUGCCGGCGGAGCACGGACUGACGACGGCGGCGGCCGUGAACCGCCGGGCGCCCGAAGCCGACGACGCCGCCACUGCAGCAAUCAGCCGCCCGCGAUUUGGCCGAACUGUAAACAUUAAUUUUUUUUUUUUUUACAUAAUAUAUCAUUUCAAUAUUCGCUACACAAACACACAAACACACAUACAUGCAAACUAUACGAUGACGACCGAGUUUUUUUUUUUUUUUGAGAAUUUUUGUUUGUUUACGAUUUAUUAAGAUCGGCGUUUAUUAUUUUUAUUAUUAUCGUUGAGUUGUAUACAUUAUUAUUACUGCUGCAGCGUUUCUCUACCUAUCUUUAAGUAUAAUAAUAUUAUAAUGCGUCCAGGUUUUUUCAGCGAUAUUUUAUAAAUAUAAAAAAAAAACUAGUCGAAAUUGAGAUUCUUUAGAUCGCUACACUCGAUAGAUAUCCGAUUUCAACACUUCUAAGUCCUGUGUGGUUUUUUUGAAUGAACCUCCGUAUCGGUGUGUACAGUCCGUGUCAAUAAAAUAAUUUAUUUUGUAUUUCACUAUACAUUUAACUAUAUAAUUUUAUAAAUUAAUGUAAUCCAGCUAGAAAAGCCCCCGCGCAAAACUGUUCGUGACCCAUUAAAUAUGAUCUUGACCCAAAUUUUAAGAACUGCAUCAUAAUUAAGUAGAUACAUUUAAAUACAAGACGUGUAUUGUCAACAAUGGGAUUUACAAUUUAUACAGUUUUCCUAAUUUCACCUAUCUAACGUUUUCCUCGACGAGAUUACGAUGACCUUUUACAUCAAUAGAUAAAAUUAAAUUAAACCCAAAAACUUUAAGUUCUGCUGUUUAGAAACACAAAUUAAAUUUUCUGAAAUGAUUAUUUUUCAAAAAACUUAUACAGCCUAUUGCAGUAUUCCGAAUACUUGAACAAUAAUAUUUUGAAAAAAUAUUUGUUUUUGAAAAAUAAAAUAAGCUCCUGGAAGGACCAAUACUGUACGAUACUAUUAUUUCAUCUCAAACACAUAUAAUAGAAAUACAAUCACUAGUAAUAAAAGAUCGUUAAGAACCAUUGUUAUACACAAUGUAAGUUUAUACAUAUAUAUAAUAUUAAUUCAAUUUACACAUUUUUUUUCACAUUGAAAAGACUUUGUCAAUGUCUUAUCACAUAGAAGGGUUAGAGUGUGUCUAAUGUACUAAUAUCGUCUUCUCCAAGAAGAGAAUUUUCACGUACAGUGGAACAUCACUCUCAGUGAGGGCAAGGUAAAGCAAUCAAAACGAUGGCGGAGGAAUACUAAGUAAUAUUUUCUGCACUGGGCCGAGGUUUCAACCGAUGACUACGCUCAUCGAGGCCAGCUGCGUGACCAUUGCACCAUUUUGUCCCACUAUAAUUUGUAAAUAACGCGCACUAAAAUCUGGCGUAUUUUACGAGUAAAUAGUUAUAAAUCAUUUACUCCACUUAUUAGGUACGUUUUUAAAAAUAAUGGGAUUCGUUGUAUGCAUAAUAAUCACGUAUCAUUAUACACCGUAGAUAUAAUAUUAUAUAAUAUUUAUUAUUGUGUACAUACCAACGCGUAUGAUCAAACGAAUAAUUUAUUAAAAAAAAAACUUUUUUGUAAAAUACAAUGUUAUAAUAUUAUUAUAUUAUGUUAAUAAUGAUAUUAAAUAUUUAUAAUAUACACACACUCAUAUAUAUAUAUAUAUAUAUACAUAUAUGUAUAUUAACAAGGGUAUAAUUUGGAUAUUUUUUUUUUGCCAAAAUUAAAAUAUUAUUAAUAUAUUAUAUGCUUGUAAAAACACAUUGUUUAAAAAUGUACCGUUUGGAAUUAUACUAGACUAAAAUGUGAAUAAUGAACUAUCAUAAUUAUUAUUUUUAUUUUUAUUUUUGUCGUAAGUAAGAUAUGAAAUCGUUUUAUCCUUACAAGCUUUAACCACACUGCACUAUUUUAUAUACCUAAUCACAUACGUACCUGCAUUAUACUUGUAUAAAAAAAAUACCUACAUAUUUUAUUACAUUAAAAUAGAUCUCUAAAUAUAAUUAGUUACCUACCAUCAUUUCAUAUCACCCACCGAAGAUCUCCGUAUGGACCGUUUGCAACAUAAAGGGGAUUUCAAAUGCUUACACUUUUUCAAAUAAUACCUAUUAAUUAAUUCGAUGUAUUUGCAUUGAAAAUAAAACCGUCGACUUUAAAACAAAAAUAUUACUACAUUAUAAUUCGAAGACACUGUUCACAAACGAUUCUUAUAAUUAUACAAACGCAAUACCUAUACGUUUCCGAUUUUCGGGUGAACAGUUUUAUGUUUUCGCUAUUUUAUAAUGUAUAAUAUUCCACUUUAAAUUACACUACGUGUGACUGGCAAAUCUUUGCAGAGGAUAGCCAAUAAUCAUUUGAUUUUUCACCGUUGCUAGGUAUGUUAAAAAACUUGCAAUACGUUCGAUUUCGAUACAAUUAGCAUAAUGGUUUGCUAUUAUUAUCCGUAAAAAGUAUUAACAGCUUUAAUAACGGAUAAUUAAAGGAUUAAUUUGAAUUCCUACAAUAUUACAUUAGGUAUUAUACACUACACUUACGCAGUAAGCGAUUGACUAACAACCGGAGGCCAACUGCAAUAAAGUAUUCUUUAUACAGUGCCUUAAAGGGAUAUUUUUAUUCUGCCCUCACCUUUAGGUCCUUCAAUAUUAACAUAUCCACACUUUGUUACCUAAAAUAUACUUAAUAAUAAUAACAUUAUUAAUUGGUUUUGUUAAUAUAAUAAGAAUAAUAUAGAAGGGUUACAAAAUUUAAAAAAUGUAUAAAUGUUUUUAUUUAUUAACCGACAGUCAGAUUAUUGUUUAAUAUUAUUAUAGAUGUAAGUAAUUAUGAAACAUUUCACAUAAUUAUAUUAAAUAAGUAUUAAGUACUUUAAAUAUCAAUUUGUCAUCAUGAAUACGAAAAGACAAAAAAAUGUAUAAUUAUAUUUUGUUAACGUAUAAGGUAUAUCGCAAUUUGUAAUAUUUAAUCGAAUUCAAUAAAAAGUUAUUAUUUGUAA